AACAAAAUGAAGCGACAGAAUGUGCGUACAUUGUCUUUGGUCGUUUGUACGUUCACGUAUUUACUGGUUGGAGCUGCGGUGUUCGACGCUCUGGAAUCCGAAACCGAAAGGAAAAGAUGGAAUCAUCUAUUAGGUAAUAAUAAUUAUUCAAAGGUCCAUAUAAAAAAAUAAAAUUACAGGUAAGUCUUUAUAUAUUGAAUUACAUAUUAUAGAAUACACUUAGGUAUCUUUUUUUUAUUUUAGAGAGAAAAAAAACACAGCAAAUUGAUUGCGUAUUAAAAAAAGAAGAAAUUCACAAUUUUCCUUAUUAUAAGUAUGAUUAAUUGAAUAUUGUGUUAGAAUGUGUUAUUGCCCUGUGUGGAUCUGAAACGUGGUCUUUGAGAAAAUCCAAAGAACAAUAAACGGGGAUGAAGCUUGAGAAAAGGUGAUCGGGAAAAUUGAUGGGACAUGAAUGGAGGUGAAUGGAGGAAAUUAUACAACAAGGAACUUAAAAACCUAUUUUAACUGCCAGAUAUAGUAUAAAAGAAAUUAACAAACAGUUUUUUUUAGCCAUGCUUUUCUUAAAAAUUAAAAAAAUAACUUUUUAGAAAAAAAAGAAAAUAAACAUCAGUGUAAAGCGAAUAUAUUUCUUUCAGAAUCUAAAUUACAUUGGUUUUUGGUUAUUUAUACUGGAAAGGAAUACAUAUUGUGAAUUUUUUUUUUUCGACGCGUGAUCGUGUUGUGUUUUUAACCGCAAAUAUAUUUUUAAUUCAUGGUAAAUUUUUAGAACUUAAAGCGGCGUUGGUGAGAAAAUACGACAUAUCUGAAGCCGAUUACCGGAUGAUGGAGGUAGCCAUUAUCGAGAACAAACCGCACAAAGCGGGACCACAGUGGAAGUUCGCCGGGGCGUUCUAUUUUUCUACAGUCGUUUUAGCUAUGAUCGGUAAACGAAUAAAACUCGUAUUAUUAUGAAACAGACCGGAUUUUUGUGCAGCAAACAAACACAGAAAACGUACGAUUGAAAAGUCGAAACGUGCAAAAUCGUGGUGCAAAAUUAAUAUGUAUAUAUAUAUAUAUAUAUAUAUAUAUAUGUAUAUUAUUAGUGCUGGUAAAUUCUUCUAAUCCAAAGGCAACAGCGGAAGUUUUUUUAAUUUUAAUGAUAAAUCAAAUUAUGGAAACCCGUGUGUUAUUAGAAAUCGGAUGUACUAGUGACAAUAUUUUUUUCAGUGUAUACUAAUGAGUUUUUAUGGUGGGUAAGGGGGGAGAGGAGUUGUUAAAAUUAAUUACAAUUUAAAAAAUUUAAAAAAAAAAAAAAAAAAUGUAUGUACUUUUCAUCAUGAGUGUGCUACUGUUGUAGAUAGGAAGUUUGAAGGGUGUAAGAAAAUGUAUGAAACCAUUUAAAAUUUAUACUUGUAUGCAACGAAAAAUUAUUGUUAAACAAAAAACUAAUUGAAGUUUGGUAAAACAUAUUUUGAUAAUUUUCGUGUAAAUUAUAAUAAUUGAUAAGUAACUAUGCCCAUAAAAUAAAUCACAAUUAACCGUGUUUUCGUAAUUUAUGGAACCAAACAAGUUUUAUUCGCAUAAAUUCGAAAAAUAGUACGUGAAAUGUCAUGAUUUUUAUGAUAUACAUUCAAAUUUGAACUCUGAACGCAAUAUUAACAGCUUACAAAAAAUCUUGUAUCAUAUUUUUAUGCGUUUUCGAAAUCGAAAAUAAUAGAAACCGUUUUUACGUAAACCCUCUCGUUUUUCCUCAAUUAUCAAGAAAAAUAUAAUGUUCCCCCAACACAUUAACAAAAAUAAUUUGAUACCAACAAUUGUCUUUGAAAUUGAUAAUCGGAGCAAAAUUCCUGGUAGUAAAGUUGCUUACAGACACAAUAAAUCCGCGAAAAAGUAAAUUUCUCGCCUUAAGCGAUUAGAUACUUAUGUUUAAACGUUUAUGUAUUAUAACAAAUUAGUAAUAUAUUUUAUAUUUUUCGAAUUUUAAAAAAUAACCGAUUUCGGAUAGCAUCUUCUGUCCCCGGAUAGUUUCGCUCAUGAGUGUAUAGGUACCUCACGAUUUAUAGUUAUAAUUGUUUAAAUUAUUUAGUAUUGAUGUUUAAUUUAUUCGUAUAUUUUACGUGUGUGGUAAACGUGAACUAUUCAAAUUCUAAAAAAUUCUAAUUAAUUUCUCUCUCUUAAUAAUUAUGUUAACUAUCUAACUUACGUUAUUUAAAUAUUAAACAAAUAUAUUAACGUUUUAACACAGAGUUAUAGAGAUGUAGAGUUAUGACUUUGUGAGUAUUUAAUAUUUCACUCGAAAUUUCACACUGUUUAAAAUAUUUCAGUGAAAUACUGAAAAAUAUUUUUUUUUUUUCGAAUAAAUAUUUGUUUAUUUUAGUAUUACAAUUUUAUAAAAAUUGUAAUACUGACUAAAAUUAUCUUUAUAAUAUUGGAUUCACAUUAAAUUUUGAAUAUAAUAUCGUUUAUUCGAAUUGGCCUUGAGUAGUAAUAAAUAAAUAGCUAUAUUGUCCAAAAUGAAUACUGAUUAAACUUUUGGUAAAGACUAUUGUUAACCGUAUUGUUUUCAAUUUAUCUUUAGAAAUUUUUAAAAAACUACGAGCAGGACCAUUUAGUGUUUAAAUUAGAUGUCUACUAUUAGAGUUUUAUGUUUUAAUUUGAAAUUCUAUGCAUUUUUUAUCAAAUAAAAUAUUUCAUGUAAAAUUCAUGAAUACAUUUCAAAACUGUAAGUUUCAUGAAACUGUAGAACCCUAAUUAAUCGUUAAAAAGUAGAAAUGUCUUAAUUUUAAAAUUUGUCAAGAAAUACAAAAUAAUGACUUGUAUUAAUAGCGGGAAAAAUACGGAUUUUGGAUUUUUUUAAUAAUUUUUUCUUCUACUUAGCUUAUCGGCCUAUUAAGUGCCAUCGUUGCCAUCACAAAACCUUUUUAUUUCUCUCCAUUAUAUGCAUCGUUAAAAGUUGACUCUUCUACGUUUUGAUAUAUUAAGCUAUAACGUUCACCCAUCGAGCCUUGGGUUUUCGUAAAGGACGUUACUGUUGACGUUACGGUUUUUAUUUAUUUUGUUAACUAGCACUUUUUUUAUUACGUGUCCAUCAGCCCUCCAAACAUGACCAAACUAUUAUAGUCUUUUGCUUUUUAUACAUGAUAUAAUAUUUGGCCAGCUGUUAUAAUUCCUGUAGUUCUUGAUUUUUCUUCUUUCGGAAGUUUGUAAUUCUACGUUGAAUUUUGGACCGUAUAUAUUUCUCAGUACCUUUCUUUCGAAGGUCAUUAGCCGUUUGCUGUUUACUUUGGUCAGCGACCAUGUUUCGCUAGCGUAUGUGAUUAUUGGUCGUAGAUAACUAUGAUACAGUAGUGUCAUUGAGUUACGUGACAGUAGUUUUCAUUUAAGAAGUCUCAUUAUGCUAUAGUAACAUCGAUUGCAACAUGCUAUUCGAUCGUAGGUUUCUUCAGGCAUAUCGUCGUUAACGCCUAGGUAUUUAAAUACUUCUACUUUCUUGAAACUAUAGUCGUCGAACGUUAUAUAGUCUAUGGAUUGGGCUUCUUCCUGCUACCAUUAAGUAUUUUGUUUUUUCCCCACUUACACUUAGCCCUAUAGAUUUAAUCAUUUUUUAUAUAAUUCAGAAACUAAUAUACGGAUAAACGAAAAGUGAUCGCUAGUAAAUAAUAUAAAACCUUUUUUUUUAUGUGAAAAUCAUUUAAUACACAUUUUUAAAUGUAGAAAAUACAAAAAUUUAUGUACUAUAGAUUUGAAAAAAUCAAAAAAUCGAAAUUCUGAAAUCGGCCCUUUUUGAUUUUGAAAUCUGAAAUCUGGAUUUUGUUGUUUAAAACUAAAAUCCAGUUUUUCGGAUUUUCGGAUAGUUUGGAUUUAUGUCACAAGUAAAAAAAAAAAAUUUCUACAUAAAUUCAAAACCUAUGUAUUACAAACGUAUAAUUUUGUGCAUCGUAAAACUUUGUUGAAAUAUGCAUAUGUUUCACAUUAUUGUUUCGGUCGUAGAAUUUAUAUUCACUAGACAAAAAUAUAAUGUAAAGAAAUGCGAAUGCACGAGAAUCCGGUCCUUACUGCAGCUGAUGAUAUUACUUACAGUAAAAUACUGAAAACUAAUGUCGUGUAACCGUAACAUAAAUUAUAUUGCACUUAUUCAAAACUCAACACGAAAACAUUAUAAUAUUAUAUAUUUUUUUAUUUACAGGUUAUGGACACUCGACUCCGGUAACGAUUGGCGGCAAAGCUUUUUGCAUGGCGUACGCGAUGGUGGGCAUUCCAUUAGGACUUAUUAUGUUCCAGAGUAUCGGCGAACGUUUAAAUAAAUUCGCAUCGGUAGUGAUUAGGAGGUGAUGAUAAAUAAUUUUAAAAAUGAUUUUCUUAUUUCAUUUAUAUAAUUUAUUUUUUUUUUUUGUAAAAAAAAAUAAUGUUAAAUACGAAAAUAUUCGAUAAAAUUUAACUUAGGAGAUCGAUAAAAUAGCUAGAUAGUUCAGACAAAAAAAAAUUAAAAAUCUACAUGCAGACAAAAUUACAAAAACAUUAUAUAAUUACCAAUAUUAAAAAAUAUAAAGAAAAAACCCAAAGAAAAAAUAAAAAGUAUGAUAUUGCUGCAGUUGUCGAAUAUUGAUCAUAAUUCAAAUUAUUUUUUUUUCAAUUAGAAACUAGUGUAAAACGGAAGUCGAUUUGUCAAAAAUCUCGUGGCAUUCAAAGCGUUUUUGAUACACCCCGUAAAUUAUUAUAAUUCGAAAUACAAUCUGUGAUGGAAGAUCUGAUAAUCCGUGAAGUUCUUUCCACUCGGCUCUUCGCAAUUUGAAGUAUUUUCGCUGUAUUGAAUGGCCAUAAUCCCAUGUCGAAUUGUCGUGUAAGGGGUUUGAAACACCCCUAUUUUUCAUAGUAUGUUUUAGACCGAUCAUUAUUGGCAAAUUAGACACACUACUCAAUGGUGAGAAUUUUUUUAAGUCAAUUUUAAAUUUAUAGUUUUCAAGACCUCUGAAUGAGGAUAUUAUUUUCGAAAAUUUCAUGAAAUAACCGCAUUAAAUUUGUAUUUAUUUGGAUCCAUCAAAUUUUUAAAACAAAAAAUUGACUUCAUAAAUAAUUUGUCAAUACACAUCUACUUUAAAAAUUUAAAUAAAUGGAAAGUAUAUCUAAUUUUUCACAACAAAAUUGAUUUUAAGCAUAAUAUUUGUUCAUACGAAAUGGCUUAUUAUAAGAUGUUUAUUGAAAGGUAAAAGAAAAGAAAGGUUUAAAUUUUACAAGAUUGAAUAAAAUUUGGAUAACCGUUUCAAACCCUCUUAAGAAGACCCACAUAUCUACAUUUUUACUGCCUUAGUCUAACUAACCACGGGCAUUAAAGCAAAAUCACCGUACUUAGAACAUAAACUGUAGCGUUGGACGGGUUGAAAUUAGGAUUUAUACACAGAUUAAAAAAUGUAACGAGGAGAAUAUUUUUUAAGGAAAUAUAAGGGCGUUGCUUUUAAUUUAUGAAAAUCAUCAAAUAAAAUUUACGGAUUCUAGUUUUUGAUUUUUUUUUAAUAAUAGCUGCGACAUUUUGUUGUUUAUCAAUAUUUUAAAUAGGAAACCACGCAUAUUACCUCCGACUUAAUAUUCUCCUCUUUAAAAUUUAUCAUUUGUGUUUAACCUCUGAUUCAAAUAUAAUAGCUAUAAUUUGUAUAUGUUCUACACAAUUUUUCCGUGCUGCCUGUUAGUUAGACCGAGACAGUAAAUGCGAAUAUAUGAAAGUCUCUUAAAACAACUAAAUAAAGUAUAAUCGAAUUUUAUCGUUAAGAAAAUGUUAUACUCAAGUGUUUCGGCUUCAUCUAAUAAACGUUUGCUAUAGCUAACUCGAGUUCAGGAGAGAGAUAACUUUGUGCUGUCAGUUUUGAUAUUAGAGUGAGCUAAUCUAUUAUUAUUCAACUUAAGGAUAAGAAAAUUAUCUGUACAUUACCUUAGCGCUAUUUUUUUUAUCGAUAUUUUCAUUUUUAAGGGUUUAUAAAAUGUAUGUUUUAAUCAGAUUUCUGUUUUUCAAAAACAAUUUAUUUAGGUUUUGGUUAAAUUUCUAAAUCUUAAUAAAAUAAAACUUAAAAAAGUAUACAUUUUUAACUUGAAAAUAGCAAUCCUUCUUUUAGACACAGAUUCGCACUACGGAGAAUAUUUUUCUAAUAAUGUUGUUAUUAUAAUUUAUAAUAAUUAUAACAUUUAUUGUUAUCUGUUAUGCCUAUUGCACGCGUAACACUAAUAUCGAGUUUAUUUAUUAAUGAUUAUUGACCCGAGAGUAGAUUGUAUUUCGAUUAUGUUCUCUAAGAUGUGUACCGUCUUAACAGUUUUAAUGCGUGUUUUAUUUCGUAUGAUAUAACGAUUUUAUAUAUUCACUAUAUUCUUAGGGAUAUUUAUUAUUCAUCGAGUUUCCCAAUAUUGCGCUGACAGUAUGGUUUAUGUAUAUUUUAUAAUUGGCUUUAUAAUUUGAUUAACACUGAGAUUAAUUAAAUGGAUUCAUACCGAGAGACAAACUACAUUCAUUAAAUUAAUACUGAACAAAAUACUUGUAUGUUGUUGUAAUAAAACAUUGUACAAUCGAUCGCAGUACAUAGUAUACAGUGUACAUAUUAUAUAAAACAUAAAUCAUUCCAUUUAAAUAUUAAAUAUUGCACCUAAAUUUGUAUUAUUUUAUCAUCAAUUGAUUUUUUUAUUUUUUAUUUUUUUUUUGUUACAAAUGCAACAACAUUCCAGUUCUAAUAGCCAAUAGGUUUAUUUCAACAAUUAGAAAACCACUGAGUAAUAUUUACAGUAUUUUCACACUUCGUGACCAUUACAUAUUACCAUAACAUUAUUUUGAUUAGUGGUGACUUUGGUUCGUAUUGUAGUGAGGGGGACAAAUUUCAUAGUUCACUUUGGUAAUUUUUAUUUUAAAAGCGUAAUCGUUGAUAUUUCCUAUAUUUAUAUCUUGCUUAAAAAUAUAAAUAUCAAAGAAAACCGAUAUACAGAUACAGCUAAUGUUUUCUUACCUUUGAUUUUGAUAAAAAGCCAAUUAGUUCUAAUAUUAAAAUCAGGGUUGGGUUAAUAUACGUGUACAAAAAGGUUUAAAACGUAUAAAACUGUACAACGAUUAAAACAUUUAAAUACAUUUUCGACAUUUGAAAUUUAAUAUUUUUCAAUAUUUACUAUAUUUAUUUUAACUAAUAUCCAUCAAUUAAAUUUACAACUUUUUUUUUAUGUAAUCCGAGUAUGUAUCUAAAUGUUUUGGUAUUUUCAGUUUUGUAUUAAUAUUAAAAUGUUUAAUGUUUUCAUAAAUAUUAAAGUUCUACCAGAAAAUAUAAAAAUAAAAACAUUUCAUUGUAAAAAUAAUACCGUCCCAACUAAACAUCAAAGCUAAAACAUAAAUGAAUUAAUACAAAUCACGUUUAUCUUGGAGAUUUUAUUUAAAUUUAAAAUGAAAGUACUUUUUUUACUAGUUCAAAAUUUUAAAUACUAAUAAAUAUAAACUUUACUAUUUAAUAACGGUUAAAAUGAAAGUAAUUAAUGAAGAUAAACUUAUUAAACUGUGUAAAAUAAUUUUGUAAACUUAUUAACAAUUUAUAUAACAAAUUAUACCCAAUAGCUGCUGUUCAGUGCAAUCAUAGAAAAAAAAAAUAAUAAUAAUAAUAAUAAAUCUUUUAUAUAGUAUAGCAUGUUUAUAUGAUAUAGUAUAAUAGUAUAAUAAUCAAAUAUUACCGUGUUAUACGUUCAAAUUCUGAUUAAAACUAACAAAAGAAAAUUGUUCCUGUUGGGUGCAAACUUGCUACUUACACGGGCGUCCGGUUGGGGGUUAGUAAGACGGAGCAUCUGUCUCUCCCCAGAUUUAAAAAUGUUAAGUAUAAUUUUAAUAAUUAAUUAAUAGGUAUAAUUUUAAGUAUUUUUUGAUGUUUGAUUUUAUUAUACCCCACCCUGAUGAAUUUCCUGUGGGUGCCCAUAGCUGUGUAUAUGUGUUUGUAAACCCAUGUGGGUAUAUAGAAACAUUUAUUGUAGUAACUGAUAAAAUUAAAUUAUAUUGAAUAGGUAUAUUAUUGUAUUUUACAAAUAAAAUAAUAGUAAAACAAAAUCUAAACUUCUUUUUUUCAUGCUGGAAAAUCUGUUAACCGUGUUCUCUUUGGUAGUUUCGAAUUCUUAUUUUCUUGACCAUAAUAAUUAUACUUGUAGCGAGCCGUAAAAAAGCUGCAUUAGGCAGUGGUAAAUAUUAACUAGUGCAUAGAUCAAUAAAUACGGUAUUUCAGCGACGUCAUGUGUCUUUUGUCGUAUUCCAAUUGGCCGUUAUAAUCUUGAUAACAUUCAGUGACCGUCCGGGCCUACCGGAAAAUGUCCAGAGUUGAGCUGAACUCAUUUUUUCUAACAUUUCUCGUUUUUUUUUUUUUUUAAACAUGAUAUUUUGUGUUAUAUUCCGCUGAAAUAUUGUCUUAAUAUAGUUUACAGAUUGUUGGAAUUAUAACUGGAGAAAAAAUAAUUAUUUUUAAUUGAUGGGCAUAUAGUAUUCGGAGUAAUCGAGUUUGUCAACAACGUGUAUAAGAGUAAAAAUAUCUAGGGGACACUCCUCUCACUCCCUCACUAUAAACAGCGCCACUGAUUAUAAUAUUGUUAUGUUUCAACGAAUAUUGUUCGUGGUGAACAUCGAAAAAUAACUCAUGAUUUCUUUUAAACAAUUUGAACUAUUACGGUACUUUCGAGAGGGUUUUUCGUUGAGAAGGCAAGGGAAAUUUCGUUGAUCAUAGUUAUUUUCGAUAAAAAAUAAAGAAAAAAAAGUACACAAAGUAAAACGGGCAAAUGUCAAUUUUAUUAUAAACUCGGCCCGGCAAUAACUGCGGUGAUGAAAAUAUCGAUUGUAAACUCGGCCCGAUAAAAUAUAUUAAAGUCACAUAAACGAUCUGUUUUUAAUAGCUCCAUAUAUUUUUAUUAUAUUUUUAUUAACGAACGCAUCAAGACAGUUGUGAUUAUAUUGAUAAAUACAAAUACAGAAAAAAUGUAUACAAAAUAUUGAUAGCAGUAUAAGUUAAAACCAUAUUGUGUGUUGGUGAUGUGCGGGUUAAAUGAUCGCCGAACUCUCAAAAAUAUGUUGUUGUGAAUUUUCACGCGCGAUCCAACGGCGUAUUAAAAUGAGGAGGGGGGGGGGAGAUUUGAGGGAUAUAUUUCCUUUCUUGACUUUUUUUGUUUUAGUAUUAUUGGUGUGAUUAACUUGUUUUUUUAAUUUCUAAUUUCUUUACUUUUUAGUCGGAAAUACCAAAAAUGUGUUGAUAUUAUAGUUAGUAUAAUGUCACUAGCACGUAACUUCAUUUGUUUAAAACGAAACCUAUCCAAGCGCUAUAAUAUGAAUAAGGAGGUUAGCUGAUCGAUAUACCUGAUAUUUUAAUAAAGUUAUAAUAAUUACUAGGGAUGGAUCAAAUGCUGAUUUUCUUGAACUCAUACAAUAUAAUAUAAGUUAUAAUACAAUUAAAAAGAGACAAUUGUUUAUUAAUUCAUUUAUGAACAGUUUUAUUAAAUUAAUAUACGCGUAUACAGUUUUCAUUUAAUUAUUCGUAUUUGUCAUUACUAAUUAGGUAUUCAUUUUGCUAUUUCAUGAUUUUAUGUGAUUUUCAUGAUUUAUAUUUAAUAUUAUAUUAUAUAAUGCCUCUUUAAAGGAGUUGUAGCAAUAUGUGAAUUACUCUCACUCUCUCGAGAAAAUUUCCUUACGCAAUGUUUAUGCAAUUAUUUUUACACGGAUCUAUAAUAAAAUCAUACCAAAAGGAUAUUUUAAUAAACUAUUAUAACAUACAUUUUAAAUUAAAAUUAAAACAAAUUAUCUCAAUCUGGAAUAACUCGGAAUGGAAAAAUCAUUAUUGACAUUUUGUUCUUAUAAAUUAAAAUAUAAUUACGAAAAAAAAAAAAAACCCAUGAACUCGUAUAAUUUAAAUUGUAUUGAGCUCACACUUACAGCAAAACCAAUUUUAAACCUAGAGGUUUUGGCGAUAUAUGUGUUAACAACAAUAAUUCCGAUAAAAUAAAAACAAAAUAAAACUAUAUGAAUUAUAAAAAAAAAAUGCUAUAGGUUCAAGCUAUAAAUUUCAUAAACUUUGAAAUUUAACCAAAAUUCAAAUUUUGGGGAUUCGUGAGUAGUUCGAGGAUCCAUCCCUAAUAAUUAUUGAUACUUGUACCUAGUGAUUUGAUAUCAAUGAUAAUUCGGGAGCCGAUUGAAUUAUAUAAAUUACUUGUAAAUUUACCUAUACAAAAAUGUAUAAUUCGUGGUUCUUUUUUUUUUGAGCGAUAAGCGAGUCGCGGAAACGAAAACCCUAUAUGCACGUAUAAUAUUCACCUAUCCUAUCUAGAAUUUUCGUAUAAGUAUUUACACGUCGGUAAAUUUUAAUAUCGGUGAAAACGGGCCGAAUUUACAAACGCAUACGGUACAAAACAAAAUUGGCCAUUUCUUAAUUUCUUAAUUUUUUUUUCUAUCCGUUCGACAUAUUGCCGGGCUGAGAUGUAGAAAUAGUUUCAAUGCGAAAUCGCCGUGUAAAAACCGUUUUGAUAUUCAUCAGGGCCAAACAGUAUAUGAAAUGUAAAAAGGAAGAAGCCACCGAAAUGAACUUAAUGUUCGCUACCGGACUCCUGUCGUCGGUCAUCAUAACCACCGGUGCGGCCGUGUUUUCCAAAUACGAAGGAUGGAGCUAUUUCGACAGUUUUUAUUAUUGUUUCGUUACGCUCACCACCAUCGGUUUCGGAGAUUACGUCGCACUACAGGUAAUACUUGUCACCAACUUAGUAGAUAAUAAUAUUAAGUAUUCGGUAUUGGUCUUCUACGCCACCUACCACCUGACGAUUACGUAUCUCUCGCCGGACAUACUGGCGUCUUUAUACGAACUCGCGCAAAUCUGA